AUGAUGUUGCGCGUCCUGUUAUUUCUGACCGCCGUACUGCAAUGCCACGCAAUGCGUCCCCACAUAGUGAUGCUUCUGGCCGAUGACUUGGGAUGGGGAGACGUCAGUUUCCAUGGAUCCACCCAAGUACCGACACCAAAUAUAGACGUUCUGGCGGGAGACGGUGUCAUUCUCAACAACUAUUACUCGCUGCCGCUCUGCACCCCAUCGAGAGCAGCUCUGAUGACGGGGUUGUAUCCAAUUCACACGGGCAUGCAGACUAGUGUUAUUCUAGACGCUGCGCCAUGGGGCCUGCCGCUGGAAGUGAAGAUCAUGCCGCAGCAUUUCAAAGAUUUAGGCUACCAAGUGAACAUGAUUGGCAAGUGGCACCUGGGAUUUUUUCAGACAGCAUACACGCCCCCCAAAAGAGGGUUCGACAGCUUCUUUGGCUAUUAUACGGCUGGAAAUGAUUACUACAACCACACCGCUGGAACUAUACUUCGCUUCAUGAUGCGCAAGUUGGCUGCCUACAACGCCACCGCAGUGCCACCUCGUAUUGUGGCCGAGGAUCCCAGGGGGUAUCCCGAGUAUCACGGCGGCGUCUGGUCUCCCUGGCUAGACUGAAGAAUACUACAGAAAAGGGGGCGAAAUAUAGCAGGCUUCGGGUACUGAACGGGCGUCAUUCUCGCUCUUCGGCAUCUAUUUUCUUUUUUUAGAGUGCACUUUUUGGUGAAGUGCGUGGGGAGAAAUUUGGACAAACAAUCCUCAAAUAAGUCAAUAAGUCAAAUAGAUCAAUGAAGCAGGAUGAGGCUUACCUCUUCGACACUUACCUCCAUACGCCUGCGGAUUACACCCUCAGACACAAUCAUUUCGUAAAACCAGAAGUUUGGAAAAAC